CCCUCAUUCCUUCUUCUUUUCACACGUAAGACAGUAGAAGCAAGAGCACCGUCAUCUGCAACACCUCCUCCGCCGCCGCAUCAAGGUCAAGAUUGUAAUGUGAAGAUGGAGAGUCAAGAUCUUUCCCCACCACAACACAUGGAUGCAUCUAGACCAUCCCUUGGCUUCCCUCUCGGCACCGCUCUCCUCCUACUCAUCAUAUUCAGCUUGAGCGGCAUCUUCUCCUGCUGCUACCACUGGGACAAGCUCAAAUUCCUCCGUGGAUCUUUCGACGCCGCCGCCGCCGAAGCUGCUGAUAUUGAAGCAUCCCCCUCCAAACCCAAGCCUAACGACACAGAUGUAAAGAAGAACCAGGGCCAAAGCUUUCCGGUUCUAAUGCCUGGAGACGAUAUUCCAAAGUUCAUAGCAUUGCCUUGUCCCUGUGAACCUCCUCGAGAAGCUAAGGUUGUAAAAGAAGUACAACAGACACCAAAGUCUCCUCGUUUUCCAGUUCCUUUGUAUUAGCAGAUUUAUCAAUUUUUGUUGUAAAUAUUUGAUUCCCCAGUGUAUAACAUUAGGUAAAUCUGUAAAUAUUGGAGUAGUAAAUUUAUUAUGCCAUUUUUUGCAUUGUUUCUAUCGAAAUUGAGAUUGGUGUUUAAA